AGAUAAAUUUAGGCGUUGAACGCCGUCGUUUCAUGCCGUGAUUUCAGGUCGAGCUCGAGGCUUUGGGUUUGAACGAUAACCGAAGAUCGAGGAGACGAAAUUUACAGUCCUCACAGCUGAGAGAGAAGUGUGCACUCCAUAAUCGCAUUUGACUCUUCAAUUUGAUUUCUAUCAAUGGAGGAGCUGAGAUCUGCAAUGGAAGAACAUAUGGAUCAAAUGGCGGAUCUGGUUCAGAAACUUUCCUCCGAACUCCGAUCUGGUCUUCGUCCAGCUGUUGAUAAUUUUAUCGGUUUCUUCCACGCCAUUGACUGGAAGGAACCUUGGUUGAUGGGGUUAUUAGGUUUUCAUGGAUUGUUGCUGAUAAUUACCAUCUUUACCAGGAAGCACACGAACUUUCAGAUGUUCUUGUUUCUUCUUGCACUAGCUGGUGUAUAUUUUGCUGAAAGAAUCAAUAGAAUCUUGAGCAAAAACUGGAAGAAUUUUGCCACCCAGAACUAUUUUGAUCCAAAUGGAGUUUUCCUUUCAACACUCUGGUCUGGGCCACUGCUCGUAAUUUCAAUGAUAAUUCUGAUAAACACACUUUUUACCUUGUGCUAUCUCGUAGUCAGGUGGAAAAGAGCUGAGCUUCGAAAUCGAGCACGACUUUCACAGACUAAAGAAGACUAAUCCCAAAGGUGAAGCUUUUUUAGCUUUGAUAUCUUUUGCUGGUAGUUUGUAGCUGUGUAUCUUAUCCUUCUCAGAGAUCGUUGGACCGAUGCGAGUACAAUGCGAAGAGUGGUUUUGUUUAUUCCCUUUUUCUUAUUUAUUGAAUAGUCUCCAUAGAUAUUAUUGCGAUCAACUUUAUACAACAUUCACUCACUUUUUUGUGUAUCUGGAAUUCCUUCGGCCAGAAAUAUUUUGUCAUUACUGAUUUCAUUCACUGAAUGUCUUGGACUGUUAUAGGA